GCGGCAUGGCGAGGUUCCGGAGGGCCGACCUGGCUGCUGCAGGAGUUGUGUUACUUUGCCACUUUUUAAUGGACCGGCUUCAGUUCGCUGAAGGGAAGCCUGGAAAUCAAGUCAAUGAUGGGCAGUAUCAGGUUGCUCAAGCCUUCCCACAGACAGAAGAAGAGGUGGAGGUGGACGCACAUGCAUUCAGCCACAGGUGGAAAAGGAACUUAGAUUCUAUCAAGGCCGUAGACUCGAACCGAGCCAGCCUGGGUCAAGACUCCCCGGAGCCCAGAGGCUUCACAGACCUGAUCCUGGACGAUGGGCAGGACAACACCACCCAGAUUGAGGAGGACACAGAUCAUAAUUACUAUAUAUCUCGGAUAUAUGGUCCAUCUGAUUCUGCCAGCCGGGAUUUGUGGGUGAACAUAGACCAAAUGGAAAAGGACAAAGUGAAGAUUCAUGGAAUACUGUCCAAUACUCAUCGGCAGGCUGCAAGAGUGAAUCUGUCCUUCGAUUUUCCAUUUUAUGGCCAUUUCCUACGUGAAAUCACUGUGGCAACUGGGGGUUUCAUAUACACUGGUGAAGUUGUGCACCGAAUGCUAACAGCCACACAGUACAUAGCACCUUUAAUGGCAAAUUUUGAUCCCAGUGUAUCCAGAAAUUCAACUGUCAGAUAUUUUGAUAAUGGCACAGCACUUGUUGUCCAAUGGGACCAUGUACAUCUCCAGGAUAAUUACAACCUGGGAAGCUUCACAUUCCAAGCAACCCUCCUCAUGGAUGGACGCAUCAUCUUUGGAUAUAAAGAAAUUCCUGUCUUGGUCACACAGAUAAGUUCGACCAAUCACCCAGUGAAAGUGGGCCUGUCAGAUGCAUUUGUCGUUGUCCACAGGAUCCAACAAAUUCCCAAUGUUCGAAGAAGAACAAUUUAUGAAUACCACCGAGUGGAACUACAGAUGUCAAAAAUCACCAAUAUUUCAGCUGUGGAGAUGACCCCACUGCCUACAUGUCUCCAGUUCAAUGGUUGCGGCCCCUGUGUAUCCUCUCAGAUUGGCUUCAACUGCAGUUGGUGUAGCAAACUUCAAAGAUGUUCCAGUGGAUUUGAUCGCCAUCGGCAGGACUGGGUGGACAGUGGAUGCCCUGAAGAGGUACAGUCAAAAGAGAAGAUGUGCGACCCCACAGAGCCAGCGGAAAGUUCUACUCGAACCAGCACCACCAUACAUGCAACAACCACACAAUUCAGGGUCUUGACGACCACCAGAAGAGCAGCCACCUCCCAGCUGCCCACCAGCCUGCCCACGGAAGAUGAUACCAAGAUAGCUCUACAUCUAAAAGAUAAUGGAGCCCCAGGCGAUAACCUGAGAAAGUCAGAAUCCAACAUGUAUGGUGUUAGCCUCUACAGAUGGCAGUGCAGCCGAGAAGAAAGGAGGAGCCCUUCAUGCUGGUCUCAUCGUCGGCAUUCUCAUCCUGGUCCUCAUUAUAGCCGCGGCCAUCCUUGUGACAGUCUAUAUGUAUCACCACCCGACAUCAGCAGCCAGCAUCUUCUUUAUCGAGAGACGCCCAAGCAGAUGGCCAGCAAUGAAGUUCCGAAGAGGUUCUGGCCAUCCUGCCUAUGCUGAAGUUGAACCAGUUGGAGAGAAAGAAGGUUUUAUCGUAUCAGAGCAGUGCUGAAAUUUCUAGGACAGAACAGCACCAGUGCUGGAUUACAGGUGUUAAGACUAAAGAUUUGCCUAUACCUUUAAGACAAACACACACCCACACACCCACCCACACACCCACACACACACACACACACACACACACACAGGAGCCCUAAGCUGCUCUAGCCAGAAGGAGAUGAGAUUUCUGGACAAGCCCAGCCCAGAAAGGGUUAAAAAUUUUUUUUAAACUUAUAGAGGAUAUCAGUUACCACUGAACAUAAAAUUCCCUAGUGGAAUGACCUCUAUAGUUCACUCAGCACAUCUCCUGUGGACUUAUCAGAAAUAUGACAAGAUGACAGUGCUGUUGGCUUAAGGUGCAGGGUGCAAAGGGAUCGAGAAAAAAAAUAAUAAUAAAGCUUUAGUUCACAAGGGAUCUAUACCUUUGGUUCAAAUAGUCUUCUCUGAUAACUGUGUUCCAAAGCCUGAACCCAUUCACUCAAAAGAACAAUGACAGAUAUUUCCAGUUUGCUGAGAAGAGUAGCUGAUGCAGGGGCCCAAACAGACACAAAAGACGAGAUUUUGUGUCUUUCCACCAGACAUGUGGCUGAAGGAUUUUGUUUUGCUGGUCUAGACCCACCUGUUCCAACCACCAGACCCACCUGUUCCAACCAGUUUGCUACUUUACAGGAUGAAUCUUUUAUCUUUCCAGUUCCGACUUGGCCUCCCUCUUCCUGGAUGCCUUCUGUGUAAGCAGUGACAAGAUCGUAGCCUUUUAGCUAAGCAUGAGGACAGAGGGAGGGACAAACGAGGCUUCUGGUUCCCCCCACCCCAGAGUAAAACAUCUGAUUGCUUUUCAGAAGCAUCGCCUCCACCUCCCAACUGUGAAGUCCUGUGAAGCCACAGUUGUUCUUGGCUGAAGGAAACAGAAGGACACAGUACCAUGAGUUCCUUAAUCGUUUUUGAAGCAAAAAUGUUUAAGGGAUUCUAAGCAUAUGAGGUUUUUGGUGUUUUGGUUUUUUUUUUUUUAACUGCCAUUUCAGUCUGAGAGGCCCGUUUCAUUGUCGAUUCCUAUCUAAGAAGGCUUUCAAGUCAGCAUAUCCCUGGCGAGAAAAAGAGCGAAAGAACCCUGCUGAAUCAUACAGUAAUUUUCUUUAAAGCACAUAGUAGUUACAUAAAUAUAUAUAUAUAAAUAUAUUUUUGUUUAUAACUAACACAAGGCAGGCUCUUGUGACUCAGAGUGCAUUUUGUCAUCAAGACAAAACAAAUGCGAGAUGCAUUACUGCAUACUUCCAUAGAGUUGUAAAAUAAUCCUUAAUAUUAGAAUAUUUUUAUGUCGCUUAGUGGAAGUGGUUCAACUGGUUGCAGCACCGAUCGAUUUUCCUGCCUGUUGGAGCCGCUCUCCCGUUCAUAUCAACCCCUUCCCUCCCUGGAAAAAUAAAGCAGAUGCAAAAAGCUCCUUA